AUGGUCAGAUGGGCAUAACUGUCAGGUCUGGAAAAGGGGAGGAGAGGACUGUGGUGUAGGGAGUGUGCAGGAAGGCCUUAAACACAGGAGAGUGAAGAGAGACCAACCAGCCCGACGAGGAGAGACCUUUAUUGUUGACAACCUCGGACGUCCUUGGCUUCACACAUGAUUCCCUGGUGGAGGGCCACACGACUGCUGGCCCAGGGACGAAAUCUUGCCACAGCAGCUGCUAGUGGGCACCACGGUGAUGGGUCAGGUGGUAAGUGAAUUCAGUAAAAGACAAGGCCAAUAGCAUAAAUUGUUGAGCAGCACCAUGUUCUUAGGUCAUGAUUGCUACCUAUUUAUUCUUUCUUUUAUCUUAAUGGUUAUGUAUUAGCAUAUGCCUUUUGGAAUGGGGUCCCUAUGAGGUUUGGUGAAGUUUCUGUCCUAGGAAGCUAAGUACAUAUUAAAGUGACGGCAUCUUCCACUAUCUAGUUAUAUAAGUGCCCCUUUCUCUACACCCCCCCGGCCAAUUAACUGAAAUGUACUACCCCAUUGCUUUCCCUCUGGGUUUGUACUAUUGGAAAGAUGCCGGUGAUUUGGUAUCUGAUCUGUUUUCCACAAAAAAGGACAGCAAAGAAAGGGACCUUGAGAAUGACCUUAUUUCUCUGUUAGAGGGCACUGUGCAACAGCAGAACAUAGAGUAGGUACUGGGCAGAGGGCACUUGCCCCCUGAGAAUCAAAAUGUGCCAGUGGCUCAGGAAAACACAAGGAGGCACUGUGUUGCUCCAAGGAAGUGGAUGCUACAACAGCACACCAAUGCCAUCUGCUGCAGUUUAUGCUCUGCAUUUGGGAUUAUCCUGUCUUUCCUAUUUGUGAUGCAGUGCGAACAUGGAAAAUCUUAUCCUUUGUGGUGGCACUUCCUGGAGUGGGUGUCUGCAUGUUGAAUGUCUAUCUGCAACAAGCAAAUCACCCGCAUGAACCACCUGAGUUCAUCCCAUAUCAUCACCUGCGCCUCCGAUCAAAGGUAAGAAUUAAGCAGGAGAGUUCUGAUAAUGGAUUAGGGAGAAUCAUUUUCCAAAACAAAUAGGUCAAGCUAUGUGGCUUGAGAUAUUGAUACUCAAAGGACACCAUGUGAAUUAUUAUUUAGUCUUUCAAAAUGUCAGCUGACUUUGGUUUUUAUUCUGUGGUUUUAGUUGUCUACUAUUUUACAUCAUACUGUGCUAGCAGCUUUAAAAAAUAUCAUUGUAAUGAUUGUCUUCAUUAUAUUAAGGGGUAUGCAAUUUAAAAAAUAAAUAGAUGGAAGGGGGGGUACUGGCAAUCUAGCCCUCAGUUCUCUUUCUCUCUCCUUCUUUUUCAGCCUUUCCCCUGGGGUGAUGGAAAUCACACCUUCUUUCAUAACCCUCACACCAACCCACUGCCCACAGGUUAUGAAGGAGGCAGCCACCACUGAACCACUGCCAUUCUCUCUUACGGGGGGACAGGGAGGCAUAUACCCCUGUAUAACUUUAUUACUGCUUUGAGACAGGUUUCCAGGGAUAAUAAAAUCUCAUUUUGAUGGGUGGAGCA